AAAGGUUGUCGACACAACUCGUUGUCAUCACAAGGAGGUCCGCACUCGAAGACCGGCAGCAGUACUGAUGUGGCGAACGCCGAGAACGCCAGACGUUGCGUCCAAAAUGGCAAUAUCAGCGGCGCUCAGAUGGGAACACUUUAUGUCAAAGCGUUUGAUGUGAUCGACGGUAUCGAAGGAUCCAAUAUACCAGACAUUGUCGAUGAGGGCUGGGAUCAUAACAUAAAUCGCGAUAAAUUUGAAAUUAUUGAUCACAACUCCACACAACUUAACGAAUCUCAUGUCACCAUAGCUUACGAACAGAGACGUACGCCCGAAGGGGACGCGUAUGUCGAGAGGAUAGCCAACGACUGGAUAACGAACGGGUCGUCCCUACAGCCGAACGACUACAAGAAACUGAACCGGUACCUAAUGCCCCCCAAUAACGUCAGUAUAGUCGGCGAUCAGACGAUUGUGAUGACCGACGACGAGACCAUCAGCUCAGAGACGCCGCUAAUGAAUGGCAUAUACUUCACGUCAUUCACGUCCAAUACUCACAACAACGGCGGCCGAACCACUCUCCAGCACAAGACUCAGAGCACACCCCUGUCCACACCCCUCAGUACACCCAAUUGGUUUUGCUUUUGGAGAGCGGAAUCACGUCUUCCUUAUUGGGUUUUGAGAUAUUUAUGGUCGCUAACACGAGUUUCACUCGUCGGGCAGUCCCUGGAAAGGUGUAUCCGGUUUCCCCUCGUCUGGAGGGAGGGCUUCAACGGACUCAUCGGACUCUUGAGACGAAGUCUUGGUGACGAGCACUGCUGGUCAUCACUACUGGUUUGGGAGCAGGAGUUGGAAGGCUUUCCGAUUUCGAGGCUCUGGUCACAGACUUGCCAUCACUUGUCUUCGUUCCCUCUUCUUUGGGCUUAUCCUCUGAUU